AUGGGGGAUAAGUUCGAGCUGCUGAAGACACCUGUCAAUAGCACAGCUGUGCGGAAGAAGAACAAGAAUGAGAAACUGCGAUUACGCGUCAUCUUUUUAGACGACAGCGAGAGAGUUUUCGAGGUGGAGAGAAAGAUUCUGGGCUCUGAUUUCUUCAAUAAGGUGUGUGGUCAUCUAAAGCUGCUGGAGAAAGAGUACUUUGGCCUGGAGUUUCGUCACCAUACUGGCAGCUAUGUUUGGCUUGAACUCCUGAAACCAGUGGCUAAGCAAAUCAAAAAUAUCAGUGAUGUGGCUUUCCAUUUUAUAGUGAAGUUUUUCCCUCCUGACCCAGGACAAUUGCAGAGAGGCUUAACAAGGUAUCUAUUUGCCCUUCAGAUCAAACAGGAUCUGUCAAAUGGUAGCCUUACCUGUAACGAUAAUGGCGCCGCCCUGCUGGUCUCUCAUAUACUGCAAGCAGAAAUCGGGGAUUAUGAUGAAGAGUUGGAUGCUCAUCAUCUUGAAAAUAAGCAAUAUGUGCCAAACCAAGAAUACUUGGACCACAAAAUCAUUCGUUUUCACAAAAAGCACAGAGGUCACGCUCCUGCUGAAUCAGAUGUGCAUUUGCUGGAGGUUGCCCGGAAAAUGGACAUGUACGGUAUUCGCCCCCACCCGGCCCAUGAUGGAGAAGGCAUGAGGAUCAACCUCGCUGUCACACAUAUGGGAGUACUCGUUUUUCAGGGAAACACAAAGAUCAAUACCUUCAGCUGGGCCAAGAUCCGAAAGCUGAGCUUCAAGAGGAAACAUUUCCUCAUCAAACUCCACACUGAGAGCGGGCCUUCAAGGAGAGACACUGUUGAAUUUUCCAUGGCCAGCAGAGAUGUGUGUAAGGCAUUCUGGAAGUUGUGUGUGGAGUAUCAUGCUUUCUUCAGACUUGCCGAAGAGCCCAAGACACAUCAAAGGUCCAUUCUGUCCAGCAAAGGAUCCAGUUUCAGAUACAGUGGCAGGACGCAGAGGCAACUUCUUGAGUGUGUAGGCUCUGGAGACAAGAAACAUUUGCCUUUUGAAAGAAGUUACUGCAAGUCUGAAUAUGACACUCGACAGUGCAGAUCCUCUCCUGACAUACUGACUGACGUCUCCAAGCAGCUGUAUGAGCAUCUACCUCCCGACCCAACCGUUGCUGGGCAACACAGCGAACAGACAGGCGUAGCAAAGCGCAGCCUAUCCGCUGUGGAAGUCAUGUUCGCUAAUGAGCUGGAACGAACCAGGCCCUUGUCACGAAAUCCUGCCUUCUCAAGCAACUCUGCUUCGCCCAAGCUCCGUUCCCUUUCCACAUCAGGAGCAGAACAUCGUAGUAGAGGAGCUCAGAGACAAAAGGCAAAGAGAAGAUUGUCUCCAAGCGCCCAGCAUCUUGUGCUCCUCUAUCCUAACACGCCCCAUCUGCAGUUCCACCCAGUGCUGCCAACCUUCCCACUCGCCACUCAUCCGUACCUGCUGCAAGACCACACGUCCUCAUCCCUAGACCGACUGCCUCAAACCCAUCACAACCAUGUGCCUCUGCAAUACUUCCCCAGACAAACUGCCCAUUCGUCAUCACCGUCCUCUUGCUUGUCACCACAACUACAAAAGCAGCAGGAAAGGUUCCGUCCUGCCGGCCAGGGAGAAUCGAGAUUGUACCCCAGAGGAGGACUUGGACUAAGGGUUGGGUUGAAUAGGAAAUUGGACUUGAGUGGAGUGGAAGCGGGCCAUUACAGCGACGACUCCACCUUUCAGACCGGCUUGCCACGUCGAGCCUCAAGUCAACCAGACUUCGAAUUCCAGCGACUUACACUGGCCUCCAACGCCGCUGCCUAUGCAUCUGAGUAUCGCCCUCUAGGAUAUUAUCCACACCUUUCUCGACACCAGGUUCCUACCAGACCCACCUACCUUCCUCUAAGUCCCGCCCCACUCCCAGAAAGACCCACAUCUUUAUGUGUACUCGGCACAGGUAGUUAUAGUGAUUCAGAUUCAGACACUUUCUACCCCUACUUUCCUGCACUGGGUAAAGUGGUGCGUUCUGGUCCGCUGGCGCGCAUGCGCUUUUCUUCUGGAAGUCUCCAACUUGAUGAAGAGGAUGGAGAGGAAGAGGACUUGGACUGCCCGAAUGAUGAGGAGAACACUACUCUCACCACCGUUAAGGUUCUGAAGUUGUAGCCAUGUGCAAAAUCGUGACAAAAAAUCGCUAAACAAAUAAUAUAAACAUUUGAUGGCCUGCAGACCUUGCACUUUUAGAAGUAAUGGUAGAGUAAGCAUACCAUAAAGGAUUCAUAUUAGGUACAUUAAAGGUGCCAAUCCUGUGCCUGCACUCUUCCAAAAGGGGAAAAUUUGCAGUGAUGUCACAGAACAACAAAUGUUUGGUUCUCCAAAGAACCCCUCAGUGGACCGUUCUUAAAAGAACCAUUUUUUUUUUUUAAGAAAUGUGAAGAACAUAAUCAUCUGAAGAAUGUUUUUUAACUGUAAAGAACCCUUUGUUUAAUAGAAAGGUUCCAUGGAUAUAAAAGUUUCUUCUUGGAACCAUAGAUGCUAAUAGGAUCACUAGAAGCUUCAAGGCAGGAAAGGUGUUGGAGCUAAACUCCAUAGGGAAAUGGCCCUCCAGGAGCAGGACUGGACACCUCGGACCUAAAUUAUACAUAGUAGAACCUUUUGAAAGGAUGCGGCAAUAGUGACAGGUUUUGUAUCAUUUUUUCUGAGAGUGUGGGGCAGUAUCAAAAACAGAGGGGGCACACUAGUCAGGUGUCUAUUACUGUAAAUAAUACAUCUCAACUUGAUUUGCACCUUUGAUCUAAAGUUAUAUUUUGUUGUAAGCUGCUUUUAUUAAAUUAUGUAAAGGCACAGAUUACCCCAGAAUGAAAAUUCUGUUAUGAUUUACUCACCAACAUGUCGUUGCAAUCCUGUAUGAAUUUCUUUCUUCUGUGGAAUACAAAAAGAAAAGGAACUCCAGAACUGGAUCCGUCAGAUGCAUGAAUGCAUCAUGUUGUGAACUGGAUGGACCAAAUAAAAAGACUCAACACAUACAUCCACCAUGAUAGGAGUGGAUUGGAUAUUCUUUCAAUCUGAGUUGCACAGAAUUUAAAAACAUGGGGGUGUUUAGAUUGUUUUUUUUGUUUUUUUUUGUAAACUAUACUUUUAAUUAGUAUUAUUAUUCCAUAAAAUGUACUAAAUAUGUACUGAGUAAAUAAUCAUUCUGUGGUGAUUGAAAUUAAAUCUUCAUUUUCAGGUAAAGUUAAGCCAAGUCCAUAAUAAUGUAACUUAACUCAGACAGCUGACAAUUAAAACCGAUUUUCAGAUGUCUGUGUGGCUGGAAAACAUUAGCAAUUAUUUCUUGGCCAUCUGUGCUACCAUAGUGAUAAGUAUUAUGAUAAAGAUAUGUAUUACGUUUUGUCAUUUAUUAAAAAAAGUCAUGCUCAUAAACC